GUAAAAUGGUGUAUCUGCAUUAAACAAACAAAUAAUGUGAGAAACCUUGAAUCUUAUCUCUCUUCGCAAUUCGCUUGACGUUUCCCUCGGUCGCUCGGUCUAGUCGAAUCAGCUCAACACUCCAGAGUCCAAAUGCUCUUUCGUCAUUCUACAAAGCUGACUAAACUCCUCCUUCCGGCCAGCAGCAGACCCCAAACCCUCCCUCCCCCCCUCCUCCUCCUCUUCUCAACCCCUAAAACCCUAACCACCACCAACGAUGCACCUCCAAACGACGCCGUCUCCUCCACUACCAAGGACGACUACUUCGCCGCCAUCCACCACCUUUCGAACAUCGUCCGCCGUGACUUCUACCUGGAGCGAACCCUCAACAAGCUCCAACUCCGCGUCACCUCCGAGCUCGUAUUCCGCGUCCUCCGUGCCUGCUCCUCCUCCCCCUCCGAGUCCCAUCGCUUCUUCAACUGGGCUCGGACCCAGCCCAACUAUCGCCCUACCACCAUCGAGUUCGAGGAGCUCGUCAAAACCCUAGCCUGCUCCCGGAAUUACCAGACCAUGUGGAAGCUCCUCCAUCAGAUGAUUUCUAUCUCCCUCUGCCCCUCCCCCGAAACAGUGUCGUUCCUGAUCGAACAGUACGGCAAGCAUGGCCUUGUAGACCAAGCCGUCGAGAUCUUCAACAAGUCUGGAAAAUCCCUGAAUUGCCCCCAUACCCUCGAGAUCUACAACUCCCUCCUCUUCUCCCUCUGCGAAGCCAAGCUCUUCCACGGCGCCUACGCCUUGAUCCGCCGCAUGAUCCGCAAGGGGCUCGUCCCCAACAAGCGCACAUACGCCAUCCUCGUGAACGCGUGGUGCUCGGCCGGUAAAAUGAAAGAGGCACUCGAGUUCCUCGCCGAGAUGAGCCGGAAGGGUUUCAAUCCCCCAGUGCGCGGCCGCGACCUCCUGAUCGAGGGCCUGUUAAACGCAGGAUAUCUCGAGUCGGCGAAGGAUAUGGUGACGAAAAUGGCGAAGCAAGGCUUCGUGCCCGACGUCGUAACCUUUAACUCCCUAAUCGAGUCGAUAUGCAAGUCCGUUGAGGUCGACUUCUGCAUUACUCUUUACAAUGAAGUGUGUAGAUUAGGGCUUUCGCCGGAUAUCAAUACAUAUAAGAUUCUGAUACCGGCAGUAUCGAAGGUGGGGAAGGUGGACGAGGCCUUUAGGCUAUUGAAUGAUUCAGUUGAGGACGGGCAUAGACCGUUCCCGAGCUUGUAUGCGCCGGUGAUUAAGGCGAUGUGUAGGAGAGGACAGUUCGACGAUGCCUUUUGCUUCUUUAGUGAUAUGAAAGCAAAGGGGCACCCACCAAAUCGGCCAGUGUAUACCAUGUUGAUAACGAUGUGUGGGAGGGGAGGGAAGUUUGUGGAGGCUGCUAAUUAUUUGGUGGAGAUGACGGAGUUCGGUUUGAUGCCCAUAUCCCGGUGUUUCGAUAUGGUUACUGAUGGGUUGAAGAAUUGCGGGAAGCAUGAUCUGGCUCAGAAGAUUGAGCAGUUAGAAGUUAAUAUCCGGGGCAUUUGAUGCGUAACACUCUUGAUAUAACUGUUAGUAGCAUGAUGUGACUGAUACGGAGCAGUUUCAAGUAUCUUGUCGGAGUAUUUAUGAAAUACAUCGAAGGCUGCAAUUCAUUUUGGAAGUCACCAUAUACCUGGUUGAGGCUGAGAUGAGGAUGCCUUUAGUAUGGAAGGGAUUUGAAUUUAAGAUGCGUUAAAGAUCAUAACUGGUUGCUAGAUCACUUCAUUACGCAACUGGACUGGGGGAUGAGAUGAUAUCUAGCCGCUAGGCAUUCACACAGGACAUUCGUGUGCAUGCAAGUCUGGCAACCUUGAUUCUUCAAUCAACAGGCAAUCUAUUGUUGAGGCAUCCCAUUGAUAUGAAAUACGCCUCGUUACUUGUUUUCAGUAUGUUGAAACUUAAAGCUUGAUUGAAGUGCCAUAACAUCAUGCAAAGUUUGAUCCAUUAAUGUAAAUGGGUUGAUAUAGUCGACAGUGUUGCAUAAUGGCAGCAUCUGGCAACUGCACUGAACCAGUUCUGAUUUUGUUGGGUUCUAUAGCAUAAAUUCUGUGGAAGCCGAAAGGGAGGGUAGUUUAAACCACCAUUGAGAGAAAUAUAAAUGCAAGAGAUUGAUUCAUUUUAAUUGAAUUUCUCGGUCCAUGGGGAUGCCAGCAGAUAAAUGCAGAUAUCCUCUUGACAGGAGAAAAGGGGUCUUGGUAAAUGCAGAUAUUCUUUUAGCAUGUUGCAUCUUUAACGUGCUUGCACUUGUCUUAGACUCGAGAUGUCGAUAUGAGUUUCAAUUUACUUUGAUCAAAGGAGAAGUCAGAAUCUUUGACAUAAAAUUGUCCUGUCGUGCUUCUUCUGAAAAUAGUAUGGGGUCCGAAAGGGCGCCUUGGAGGGCCUUACGAAGCCCGACUCCAACAUGAAUCAGAAGAUUGUGAGGUAGGUUUUAUUUUAUGAUCUUGAAAUGCUU